AUGGAAUCUGAAGCUACAGAAUUUAUGCUGAAUUUGCUUGGAAUCAACGAUGGUAUCUCACCAUCACUGACUUCUCUUGGGAUUCAAUUGGAGAAGUUGAAGUUAGCAGAUGACAAGCACCUGCGUAUGUGGAUCAUCUACGCCAUUUCUUCUGUUUUAGCACCAACGACAGCAACAACAGUCAGCCCAAGAUGCUAUCCUUCUGUUGUUGAUGCUGGAAAUAUCAAGAAUCUUAAUUGGUGCAAGUUUGUCAUAUCUAUUUUGCAAAAAGCUACUAAAGCUGGGAAGACUACCAACUCAGCAUGUCUCCUGUAUAUGAUGAUUCUUUAUUUGGACUCGCUUUCGUUUAAAAAUCUCAAUGUUCCAGUGGAGGGUUAUCGAGCUACUGUUUGGACGAAUGAAUUGAUAAAUCAAGCAAUAUUAGCAGACACAUCAGCAGACGGCUCCUUUGGAGCUUUACCAGAAAAGGACAGAAUUGUGAUCGCUGUGCAAAAUUUGUGUGAAGGGUUUUCAGGUUUGGUCACAAAAUUUGUGAGACAGAUUUCCGGCCUUGAUUUUGUGGAUCUUAGGGGUAGCCAACCAAGGAAAAUGCGAAUGAACCAGAAGAAACUUGCACAAAGGACAAAACGAGUUCAGCAAGAUGAAGAUCUAGUUACUUUUUGUUCUUUUUUGGUAGAUGUAACUUCAAGUGAUGAUGAAGAUUUUGUUGCUGAUGAAGAAGAAGUGGAAGACACUAAGGAAGAUGAAUAUACUGAUGAAGAUGGAGAUUCUGAUGAUGAUGAGGAUGAAGGAGAAGAAGAUGACGAUGAUGAAGGAGAAGAAGAUGACGAUGAGGAUAGGUCAGAAAAUGAUGACGAAGAUGGUGCUGAAACUGGAAGGAGUGGUGAGCAGGCUGAUGCUGCAACUGAUGUUACUGGUUGCAAAGGAGAUGAUACAAAUGAAGGGAUUGGCAGUGGAGGCAAAGAUGUUGAUGGUGUUACUGAAUGCAAAGGAGAUGACACAAAUGAAGGGACUGCCAGCGGUGGCAAAGGCGCUGAUGAUGUUAUUGGAAAAGGGAAACAAGUAGAUGAAGGUAUUGGGUUUGGUGACAAGGAAAAACAUGAAGAAAAGCAAGCACCCAAUGCUGUAGCACAAAAUGUUCCAGAAUCAGAGAAGCAACCAGUGCAAAAUGUAGAAAAAUAUUCUUUCCUAACAACAACCAUUGAUUCACAUGAAGUUCCAAACUUCAAUCUUGGUUUUGAUAGCUCCCAGGAAGUUGUGCAAACACCAAAGGGGCAAGAAGCAGCAGGAACAUCUCAAGGUAAAGAAUUUCCUGGAAUUAUCACAAAUGAGGACUAUGGAAGUUUUACUACUGAAGACUAUGAAAAGGUUAGGAGAGAAGCAGAUGAGGCCAUUGCCAGCAAAUCUGCCACAAAAUCACCUGUCGCUGAAGUAAUCUCCAAGGAACCUAUUGCUUGUGAAGUAGAAGAAGAAACACCUGUGCCCCAUGAGUACAAUAAAAGGGUGGUGAAACCAGCAAAAUUCAAAAGGUCACCCUUUAUUGAUUAUGAGAACAAGAAGCAAUUCGUGGUUUCUCGAGUUAUAAACGAGGUAUAUGAUGACAUUUGCAAGAAUGGAGGGAGAACCAAGUCAAGAAGGAAUAGCCAAAAGAUCAUUGAUACAGGAGAAUAUUAUAUUUAUCUUAGCGAUCUUGCGAACUCUGUCAAACCUAUGGGCUCACUGGACAAUAACACAUGUGAAUUGGCAUUAAUUGUUCUGUCUGCUGAUAUCAAGGACAAUUCGAAGAGAAUUUUUCCUGCCAGAAUAGGAGUGAGUAUAUAA